AUGGCUGCCCCCGUCCUGCCCCUGCCGCAGGUGAAGCUGCCCACCACUCCCACCACGCGACUCACCCCAGAGCAGCUCUACUGGCGGUCUUUCAAGUCUCUCCUGCUCCUUUCCUCUCCCUCCAACACACCCAUAACACAUAUAUCCCAGCCACCUGCGCCCACGUCAUCGUCAUCGCCCGCCGCAAUCCAACCGCCAGACAUCUUCACAGUGACCACCGGUGCGCGGGUGCAGAUAUACUCCAUCAGGACGAGAAAGCUGCUCAAAACCAUUACCCGGUUUGACGAUAACACACGAUGCUCGGAUGUACGUUUUGACGGCCGUGUCCUGGUCGCUGGAGACGAGACUGGUGCCGUACAGGUGUUUGAUGUCGGUUCACGGUCUAUACUACGGACAUGGAAGGAACAUAAGCAGCCAACAUGGGUAGCGAAGUUUUCGCCGUCUUGUGCUACGGAUUUGUUGACCGCCAGUGACGACCGGACCGUUCGACUGUGGGACCUGCCCAGUGAAAAGAGCGUUAGAAGCUUUGCAGGACACUCGGAUUAUGUUCGAAGUGGCACAUUCAUGCCCGGAGCUCAGUCCUCGAAUUUGGUUAUCUCCGGCAGUUAUGAUCAGACGGUCAGGCUAUGGGAUACCCGCGCAGAAGGCCGGGCGGUUAUGACGUUCAAGAUGCCUGCGCCGAUAGAGAGCGUGCAGCCUAUGCCGCUGGGUACAACAGUCCUCGCCUCCGCGGACAAUCAGAUUGCCGUCCUGGACGUCGUUGCCGGAAAACCGCUGCACAUGAUCAACAGCCACCAGAAAACCGUCACCUGUUUAUCGGUCGCCUCUCAGGGAAGUAGAGUUGUCAGCGGUUCCCUGGACGGACACAUGAAGGUCUUUGAGACGACUGGAUGGAACGUCGUUGGAGGAACUAAAUACCCAUCCCCCAUCCUUUCCCUGGGAGUAAUCAGCUCUGGGCCCCAGAGAGAGGAUAAGCAUAUCGCAGUAGGCAUGCAAUCCGGUGUCCUUUCAAUUCGCACCCGACUGUCCGGAGAACAAAAGAUCCGUGAAAGAGAGCGAGAACGGGAGAUGAAAGCAUUGCUCGAAGGGAAACUAGAAGAGCAUGACCGCGAAGUGGCAAGGAAGAAUAAGCUAAAGGGCCGCGGUCAAGGUUGGGAGAAACGACUGCGUGGUAUGGACUUCGUUGGUGACGGAAUUGAUAUUGUCAUCGAUCCUGACCAGGGGGGAAAGAAGAAGCGCAAGCGGGAGAGUGCAUGGGAAAAUGACCUCCGUAAGGGCAGGUAUAGCAGCUCGUUGGACAGGGCCCUUGAGGGAGGGGAUAAGAUUAUCAUCAUCACUUUACUCACUGCCCUUCGACAUCGUUCUGCACUACGCACUGCCUUGGCGAAUCGAGACGAAAGGACGCUACAGCCCAUACUGAACUGGGUUUACAAAGCCAUCCCCGACCCACGGCUUGUCGACUUGACCGUUGAAGUUUCUAUGAAUAUUCUGGAUAUUUACUCAGGAAAUCUUGGCCAGUCAGUGCACAUUGAUAAUAUGGUCCGCAAACUGCAUCGACGGGUAGAGGAGGAGGUUGAGCGAGCUCAGCAAGCGUGGCAGACAAGGGGGAUGUUAGAUAUGCUGAAAGUAUGA